CGCGGAAUGUGACGUCACGGCCCGUGGCGGCGGCGGCGGCGGAGGAGGAGCGGAGCGGUUCCGACGCCAUGGAGGCGAUACCGGUGCCGCCGGCCUCUCCCGCCGCACUGGUGCCGGCUCCCGCCGCGGGCCCCGUCGCCGUGACGGGGAAGGAGGUGGUGUCGCCAGCUGCGAGGCACUCGAAGAAGAUCCUGGAUGAGGAGGCCUAUAUCGAGAGCUUAGAGAAGAUCAUCCAGCGAGACUUUUUUCCCGAUGUGGAGAAGUUGCGAGCACAGAAGGACUAUCUGGAGGCUGAGGAAAACGGCGACUUGGAGAAAAUGAGACAAAUUGCUAUCAAGUUUGGCUCUUCCUUGAACAAAUCGUCGAGGGACACACCUGCACCCUAUGUUACCCCAGCCACAUUUGAAACCCCAGAAGUGCAUCCAGGUGGCCUUCCAGUGGGAAAUAAAUCUAAGGCUGGCAUCAAGACUGCAGAAGAAGGAGAAGCAGAAAAAGAUGAUAAAGAUGCUCUUCCCAGCCUGGACACCUUCUUGGCAAAGCACACGAGUGAGGAUAAUGCUUCCUUUGAGCAGAUCAUGGAAGUGGCCAGAGAGAAGGAGAAGGUCAAGCACGCGUGGCUCUACAGCGCAGAGGAGGAGUACAGCCGGCGACAAAAUGAAAACCUGGCACUUCCUUCAGCCGAGCAGCAAGCUCUGGAGAAUGUGAAAGCUGGGCUGGAUACCUGGGAAUACACAGCUCGAAACACCCUCAUGUAUUAUCCUACAGGUGUACCUGAUGAGAGUGAAGUUUUUAAGAAGCCCAGGGAAGUUGUGCAUCGAAACACCCGUUUUGUGAAGGACCCUUUUAGCCAAGCUGUGAGCAAAUCACAGCUCCAACAAGCUGCAGCCCUCAAUGCUCAGUACAAACAGGGCAAAGUGGGACCCGAUGGGAAAGAACUGAUACCCCAAGAGUCUCCAAAAGUGAACGGGUAUGGAUUUGUGGCUACCCCCUCUCCUGCCCCAGGUGUGAAUGAGUCACCUUUUAUGACAUGGGGUGAAAUUGAAAGCACCCCUUUGCGUCUGGAAGGGUCAGAAAGACCAUAUGUGGACAGAACACCUGGCCCAGCUUUCAAGAUCCUGGAGCCUGGACGCCGUGAGAGGUUAGGACUCAAGAUGGCCAAUGAAGUGGCAGCUAAAAACCGAGCAAAGAAGCAGGAGGCACUUCGAAAAGUGACAGAAAACCUGGCCAGCCUUACUCCAAAAGGACUAAGCCCAGCAAUGUCACCAGCUUUGCAAAGACUUGUAAACAGGACUGCAAGUAAAUACACCGACAAAGCCCUGCGAGCCAGCUACACUCCCUCCCCAGCCCACACAGGAACUCCUGGUUACAAGACCCCGGCCAGCGGGCCUCAAACCCCCCAGAGCACCCCACAGUCUAGGACAGUAUCUCAGACACCAGUAUCUCAGGAUACUACAUCCAUCACGGACAAUUUGCUGCAGCUUCCCAAAAGAAGAAAGGCAUCGGAUUUCUUCUGAACAUUCCAGUCACCACCAAGGUGAUAGUGAUCUGGCUGUGCUCAGUGAACUGCAGACUGGUUACUGGGGAAAUGGAGAUAAUUUCUGAAAGAUAUAUUUCUGUUUUUAAGAGAGCCGUGCAUUUAAAUUAA